GUUGCAUUUCUGCCUUUUCUCAAGAUCUUUUACGUAACGAUAACGUCACCAUAAGAAUCACGACAAUCUCGAUGUGUGCUGAACAGGAGAAAGGACCUCCUGUGGCCGCACACGCCACGAAGAACACCAAUACGCGCAUCCUGAAGAAGAUGUCUACUCACGAGAUGAAGAACAUCUUCAAGAUGCCUCGACCUCGUUCAACAUCCUGCUUCGGAUUGAAAAUGCUGUUCUUCUUCUCAUUUGCCCCUACGCUUACGCUCGCGAUGCAGGAGGCAAUGGAAAUCAUAGUCGCGGAAGAAAGUGAGGGACCUAAGGCAUUGUCCUAUGCCAUUACGGUACCUGUCACCAGCGCCACUGCUCCAGGACUGCUUGGUGGCAGCGCAACUGCGAGUGAGGAGAGCUUCCGCUGCAGCUUGCCGGGUUUCAUCACGGGCGAUCCAUCUUAAGGCUCAUGAUAUUUGCUGUACUAACUGCUUUUGGCUCACAGAUAAUUAUGUUCUGCUUUUAUUUGCUCAUUUUUUUCUACUGUUGAAAUGAAAUGCAUUUAUAAGAUGUACAUCUAGAUCAUGAAUUUUUAUCAUCUUUUAAAAGCUCUACCUCAACCUCUAACCAUCGUCAAAAGAAGCCACGGUCGCAUCUCCGCAGCCUGUCCAGCCUUUUACGGAUUUGCAGGGUGAAUAUCUGCGGAGCAACACGAUCGCGGUCGGACCGGGACAGGCUUCAACCGACACAACCAAGCGUGCGGCGUUCCUGUACCACGCACGGCCGCGACGCGUCAUCGCAGAGCCCUCUCCGGUCUUGGGCGCUGCAGGGGAACUCUUUCCGAGUAUCUUCGAUUUGCUCCCGAGAGUGGUUGGUGACACGAAGAGUUCGGACGUGGAUUCUAAGGUUGAAGCCGUGUGCGCAGUGCAUCGCGUUGGUCAAGUUAGGGUUUAGGGUUCUAACUACUUAGUACACAUGAUUAUAGUAUUACCUCCUCCCAUAGCAGGAAUAAGUUUUUUUCCCCUUUGUAUAAGUACGAGGUUGUGCUGCAAUUCUUGGUUGGCUUUUGCCCGUAAAACGGCGAAGGUUUAGGUCCAGCGACGCUCAAAGCACUAAAUAAAACAACCGGUUAGUUUUUACCUCCAAAACCUAGGCUCCCAUGAAGCAAAUUAUUAUUUGUAUUUCAUCGAUCUUUAACUGCAAGAGAAUGUAGUGUUCUUGUAUCCUUGAAAAGGAAAUUAUGCUGGCUGAGAAGUAUCUCCCUUUGAAGUGAGGAUACUCAUUUUCAACAAGGAUGCAGUUGGAAGAUGAACUACAAAGACAAAGAUUGACCAGUCUUCUAAUGGUAGUUCAGCAGGAGCCUCCUCUACUACAUCUUCUGAGCACGCUUCCACGUCGUAUCUGGUUGGUGUAUCGUGCCGCACGCCAUUGUUUGGCGAGCAAGCGUCUGGCAACGUGGCGGAUGCAGAGUUGGGCGACAAGGGGUUUGCGUUGUACGAAAUUGCCGAAACUGUUGAAGACAGCCGCAACUUGCAGCCACACCAAGAGUUCGAAUCUGUGCAGCCAGUGCGAGCAGUGCAGAACGAGCAGGAAUGCAAUGAGAAGUUGCGACUCGCGGCCAUCAAUUCCGGCAAAUCGACGACAUCGACGUCUGAGCUUUGCAGUCGGGUUUUUCGCACUGCAGCCAAAGCAGAUGCAACAGCUGCUGGUUCGGCUGUGUCGACCGCGCUGUUGGAGACGGUGGAGACACGCGUGGCGGUUGCACAAU